CAAACCACUGAAUCUCUGAGCAUUAUUUUAUCCUUUUUUCCGAUGGCAGCAUCGUCAUCGACGAUUGGUUUCUUCCUCCUCUUUCUUUCACUCUUAGCUGUACCCCAGGCCCAACGAGAGGUCCCUUUUACGUACCAUGGAUUCAAUAAUGCUGAUGAAACUCAUGAACUUAUCCUUGAUGGAGCUACCAUUAUCAAACCCAGUGGUUUGCUCAGGCUCACCAACACAUCAAAUGACAUUUCAGGUCGUGUUUUCUUCUCCCAACCCAUUCAACUGCUUUCUAAUUCAACCCCACACCGAAAAGCUGCUUCCUUCAGCACAACCUUCGUUUUCUCCAUUGUCUCGCCAACCACUGGCCCAGGAGGCUUUGGCCUCGCUUUCACCAUAGCACCAAAAGCCCAAUUCCCAGAGGCGGAAGCUCAACACUACCUUGGUCUUUUUAACCGUGCCAAUGAUGGGAUCACUUCAAAUCACAUAUUUGCAGUCGAAUUUGAUACGGUUAGUGGCGCCGGUAAAGGGGAAUAUGACACUGAAGGUAGCCAUGUUGGGGUCAAUCUCAAUGGCAUUGUCUCGCUCGUUGACACGCCAGCUGCUUACAUUAUUGAACAACGCCUAGAUGCUCAAAAGUUGGAAAACAUCAGUUUGGAGCGAGUUGAUGGUGUACAAGCUUGGAUAGAUUACGAUGGUGAUGAGCAAAUUGUGAAUGUGACCAUAGCUCCAACAUCGGCAACUAAACCCUCCAAACCACUUAUUUCCUAUCAUCCCAUUAACCUUGCUGGUAAUUUAACAGACAUCGUGUAUAUUGGUUUCUCUGCAUCAACAGGUAGGGCAAGUAAAGCAAGCUCUCAUUACAUUCUGGGAUGGAGCUUUGCUGUCAAUGCCCCCGCUCCUUUGCUCUACACUUCCAGGCUUCCACGCCCACCACCAAAAGUGAAAGACCCUUCCUCUUUUCCUUGGGUCAACUUUGCUAUAGGAGUUCUGUCUGCUUUAACCUUGAUAUUGUUGGUUUCUUUGUGUUCUGUAACACUGUACAAGAGGUACACUAAUUUUGAAGCUCUAGAGGAUUGGGAGCUAGAUUGUCCUCACAGAUUCAGAUACAGAGAUCUUCACACGGCAACGAAAGGUUUCAAGGAGAGUGAGCUAAUAGGAGUUGGAGGCUUUGGUGCUGUCUACAAAGGUGUCUUACCCUCCACAGGAGCUGAGGUUGCUGUGAAGAGGAUUGUUCGAAGCCCAAUUCACGGAAUGAGGGAAUUCGCAGCUGAGAUUGAAAGCUUAGGAAGGUUAAGACACAAGAAUUUAGUCAAUCUUCAGGGAUGGUGUAAGCAAAAGCAUAAUCUUCUUCUAAUCUAUGAUUAUAUACCCAAUGGAAGUCUUGACUCACUCCUCUAUAAUCAAAGCUUUGUUUUGAAUUGGGACCGAAGGUUCAAUAUCAUCAAAGGGAUAGCUAAUGGACUAUUAUAUCUUCAUGAAGAGUGGGAGCAAGUGGUGGUCCAUAGAGACAUCAAAACCAGCAAUAUUCUCAUAGACGGAGAUUUGAAUGCUCGUUUAGGUGACUUCGGUCUAGCAAGGCUAUAUGAUCAUGGUGAAGCAUCACACACAACUAGUGUGGUGGGAACAAUUGGGUACAUCGCACCAGAAUUAACUCGCACAGGAAAGGCUUCUACAAGUUCGGAUGUGUAUGCUUAUGGGGUUUUGCUCCUUGAAGUGGUUAGUGGGAGAAGGCCCAUUGGCUCAGGACAAUUCAUUUUGGUAGAUUGGGUUAUUGAGAAUUACCGCUUGGGUCAGAUUCUUGAAGUUGUUGAUCCAAAGUUGAACUCAGCUGAUGCAGAAGAGGUGGAAUUGGUUCUAAAACUGGGUCUUCUUUGUUCUCAAUAUAAUGAAGAUUCAAGGCCCACCAUGAGACAGCUGACGAGGUACCUAAACUUUGAUGACCCGCUUCCUAAUAUUGCCGGUAUCCGACACAAGGAUUCUCUGAGCAGUAGAAUGAGCUUGGAUUUCUUAGAAGGUGAGAGUGGUAGUGUAGUCUCAAGAUCGCUUAAUUUAUCCUCCAGCAUGAAUAGCAUGUCUACAGAAACAGGUAGAUAGCAUACAUAGAAUCUUAAUACAAUCUGUUAUUUUUUCCUUUAUUUCCCCUUAAUUUGUAUCCCCAUACUUGGAGCUCCUGCUCUGUUAUUUCCUUUCAUUUCCCCUUAAUUUGCGUUUUCUCCAUACCCAUAGUUGUCACCCAUGCUCUCUAUUUUUGUUUUUCGUAUGAUACAACCAUUUAUAUU